GGAAAAUUAAAUUUUUUAAAGUCACUGCUUGAUAAAUGUGGUCGUUAUUUAAAAACAUUAGACUUGACAGCUUAUGAUCGUUGUAACAUUGUGCCAAUUAUCAAUGAUUAUUGUCCAAACCUCGAGAAACUUCGAUUGAGAUUCAUUGAUAUUGACGAUUCAAUGUUAUCCAAUGCAUUUACAAGUCUAUCUAAACUAAAAUCUUUGACAAUUAUAUUUCAAGGUAUGUGGUAUAAAAAUGAUAUACCUGUGACUUUAAUAAAUUCAUUGAAAAACGUUGCUGGUACAUUGACUGAACUGUAUUUGUUGCAUUUUGUCAAUCACUUGGAUGGAAGCUGUGGUUAUCCAAAAAAUCUUCGUUAUGUGAUUUCUCGACUAAAAGCCCUGAAACGUUUUGAAGUUGCUGGUAUACGAGGUUUAAAAAAUUCAUUCAAGUAUUUAAAAAAUAAUGAAAUGUCAUUUUAUUUCAACCAUAAUGAAUAUCUUAAAAAACCUCCUUAUCUGGGACUAUCGUUUAUGAAUAUCUGGUCAUUAAAUUUAUCAAGUUGCUUCAUUAAAGAUGAUACUUUGUAUACUAUUGCCAAUACCAUCAAACUAUUAAAAACGUUAACUAUUAAUUGUGCUCAGAUAACCGAUGACGGUGUAGUAGCACUUUCAAUGAUGAAUUAUUUACAAACUCUUUAUUUAAACGGUCAUAAUAACGUCAUUGAUUCUUCAAUAAAAUUGCUCAAAAAUAUAGUAGUAUUAUCUUUGCCACACAGCAAUAAAAUCACUGAUGUUUCAGUCACGAAACUUCUUGAAAAUUUACCAAAAAUUGAGCAACUUAUUCUUCACUUAGCAACAAGUUUGACUGCUAAUUUUGUCAAAAAAGCAGCAGAAAUAUCAAGCAAACGAAAACAACAUUUGGUGAUCGCCAUUCAUUCAUUAAUACCUGAUGUAAAACAAUAUGAAUCACCGUAUUUGAAAAUAUAUAUUAUUAAAAAUGAAGAAAAAUAAAAAAAAUAGUAUAUUUUGAUACACAUGCCCACGUUGAUAAUGUCCAAUUCUUAUCAAUUAAAAUAUAAAAAAAUCUGUUUUCAAACAUAAUAUAUCAUCAUCAUCAUCAUCAUUUUUAUUAUUUUUCGUAUUUCUUUUUAUUCUCUUUUUUAGAAUCAACAAGUUCAAUUGAUCCUUUUAUUUCCUCUUCUUGAAGACGUUUUAAUCCAUUUUCAGAUGGAUAUAUAUAUUAACUGAAUGUACAAAUCCACCAGCUUGAAGAAACGAAUUGAAUAAUACCAUUAAAUCAACUGCUUUAAUUUGUUCCCAAUCCAUAUUACAAGCAGCUAAUUUUGAUAUUAUUGUUUCAGUUGUUUCAGCUUCUUUAUCCAAUUUACAUCCUAUUUGUGUUUAAUCUCUUCAUCAUCAACAUGUGUGACCUUGACGUCAUCGUCAUCUGAUAAAUCAUCAGAUGAACUGUCACUAUAAAUAAUUGUUUUUCACCUCGAGCAUAAUCAGAAGCAAGAUCUGUUGUUCAUUUUCAAUUAAAUCUUUUUUAUCAAUAGCAUUUAAUUCAUCAGAC